UGUCGUUAGUGCCAGUGUCAGUCCAGUUGGCACCCACAUCGAACAGUGCCAGUAUCUCUCUCUCUCUCUCUCACUCUCUCACUCGCUCACUCUCUCACAAAUACGUCAAAAGGCAAUUUCCAACACGAGACCUUCAGGAGUGACCCAAGAAACAAAGACCCUCGAGAAAUAGCUCCCGGCCCUUACGAUGGCGAGGGGCCCGAGGGUAUAUAAGGGCGAGGGCACAGACGCCGAGGGACGCAGUGCAGCGGCGGGCCUGACGGAGGGCGGCUCGCAGAGGAGGGGCGCGGAGAUCUGAACUUGAGGACUGAUUUGAUCUUUUUCCGACCCUUUCCUUCCCUUUUUUUCGUUCUUCUUUGUUUUUUUGGGGUAUCUUUUUUGUUUUUUGUCUUUAUUUUUUAUUUUUCUUCUUUUUCUUUUUCUUUUCCUUUUUCUUCUUCUUCUUCUUCCUCCAUUUCAUUUCUUCCUCCUGAAUUCUCCCAACACAUAUCGUAACCAAUUUCUCUCUCCUCCUCCUCUUCUUCUUCCUCUUCCUCCUCCUCCUCUUCCUCUUCCUCCUCCUCCUUCUCAAACUCUCUCUUACCAAAAUUUUCUUCAAACCCUCAAAACCUAAUCUUACUAUACCUCUCCUCCUCCUCCUCCUCCUCCUCCUCCUUCAAACGGAAUAGGCGAGGAAGAGGGAAGACAGAAGAGGGAUUAGAGGUCACUAUUGAGGGUCAGGUCAGGUCAGGGGAGGUCACAGAAAUGGACGCACUUUUGCCUCAACUGGACGAUGCCUGGGUUUUGCAGAUUACCAAUGAGGAUGUCGAUUCGGGCUACGAUGAUGGGUCUCUCUCUCCCUCUCUCUCCUCUCUCUCUCCUCCCUCCUCCUCCUUCUCCUCCUCCUCCUUCUCCUCCUGCUUCUCCUCCCCUCUCCACCUCUCUGAUCUUCCUCCCACUCCUCCUCCUCUUCCUCCUUCCUCUUCCUCCUCCUCUUCAUCUCCUUUCUAUUCGUUUUCACAGAGCUCAGUUUUGUUUCAUCUUCCUCCUCCUCCUCCUCCUCCUCCUCAUCUUCCUCCUCUUCCCCUUCUUGAAUCCGCCUCCUCCUCCCCCUCUUCUUCGUCUGCGUCUUCUUCUAGUCCAUCAGAAGGUCUUGACUUAGCCACACUAGACCUCACAGCCCUCGACUCCCUGGACUACCUCUUCCCUGAGCCGCCCACGCCGCCCCCGCCUCUGGACACGGACGAGGGGGGGCUGGGGAUACGGCAACAGGUGGAAGAAGACCCCCAGGAACCCCAGGUGCCCCACAAUACCCCAGGACCCCAGCUAUCCACCAUGAACCCAAUUUUCUGCACUCCAUCCUACCCUAUGUCAGAGCCUGGAUUCACGAUCGAUUUACCACCGGAUAUGACAUGGGUGAGAGAUGAUAUGGGUAUGGGCAUGUCUGGGGGGCUUGGCGGGCUGACUGGGCUAUCCGGGGGGCUAUUCUCUCAACUCCUAGACGAUGAUAUGGAGGAGAAUGCAACUGUACCACCACCACCACCACCAAGGAGACUCCUACCCCCAGUGUUCCUAGCUGGCCAUGACUACACGAAGCUCCCACCGAUGCCAACACCGCAGAUGACCCUUCCACCACCGCCACCACCACCACCUCCACCGCCGCCGCCACAGAGAGAAGGAGGCGACGAUCGGGUCUUCCAGUGUAGCUACGCGGGCUGUGGGAAGGUCUACGCCAAAUCCUCACAUCUGAAGGCACAUUUGAGACGCCACACUGGGGAGAAGCCAUUUGUGUGUACGUGGUCUGGCUGUUCCUGGAGAUUCAGUAGAUCGGAUGAGCUGGCGAGACACCGACGAUCCCAUUCUGGGGUGAAGCCGUACAGAUGUCAUGUGUGUGAUAAGAGGUUCUCGCGCUCUGAUCACCUCGCAAAGCAUCAUAAGGUUCAUCGUCGAGAUCGGGUCCUCGCUCUCUACGGACCCCUCUCCUCCUCCCUCCCCCCCCGCCGCCCCCGCCCCCCUCCUCCUCACCCCCGUCCCCCUCCGCCCCCAUCCCAUCCCCGGCCCCCCCAGCAAGCCCUCCCCCCUGUGGUACACCGGGUGGAGUUUCGUUCGGCGAGACCCAUCAAGGUGUGUCACUGAGGAGGAGGAGGGAAGAAGUUUGGGGUUAUAGAACAAAAGAAGACUAAAGGGAGGUUAAGGAAGAUGAGGAAGAAAGAAGAAGAGGAGGAAGAAGAAAGGGCAGAAGAAGAAGAAGACGAACAAGAAACAGAACAAAAAGAAAAAGGAAAUUAAAGAAGGAAAAAGAAAGGAGGAAAAAAAUGAUGAUGAUGAUGAUGAUAAAGAGGAAAAAUAAACGUUCUUCUAAGUGACUUCAGAAACGUUAAAGAGUGCCAGAAACGUAUGAGGGUGCCAAUGUGCCAAAAAACGUUAUAUUAGUGUCAAAAAACGCCUAUUAGUGCCAAAAAACGUUCUUCAGUGCGACACAAACGUUUAAAAGUGCCAGAAACGUUUAUUAUGAGUGCCUUGACAGUGUGCCUUGACAGUGAAAAAUACAGAUACAAUAAGUAAAUGAAAAAAAACAAAAGAAAUGACUAGAUGAAGACAGGACAAAGAAAACAAUGGGAAAACUAACAUAAAAAACAAAUAAAGACAAAAAUAAUAUCAAUAACAAAAACACAAAAAAUAUAAAAAAACUUCAAGAAAAUAUUUAAAAAAACUAAAAAUAUUUGUCACAGUUUGUCUAAGUUAAGUUUGUAUGGCCAGUAAGUUUCCGUUUUCUGUUUGUAUUCCCGUUUUCUUCCACUCCGUUUCGUUAAGUAUACUAAUCUAAGGCUUCUCGUAUAUGUCCGUCACCCUUCGCAUCGCCUACACUCCCCGUUCACGAUAACCUGGCGAAUAGGCCCCUCCCCCUAGCCUAAUACUCGCUUCCUAUUGGCUAGUUCCCCUCUAAGCCACGCCCCUUUUGAAUAAGCUCCACCCACUAACCUAAUACUCGUUCCCCAUUGGCUAGUCCUCCUGUAAGCCACGCCCCUUUGGUUUAGGCCCCGCCCACUAGCCUAAUACUCGUUCCCCAUUGGCUAGUCCUACUGCAAACCACGCCCCUUUGGUUUAGGCCCCUCCCCCUAGCCUAAUACUCGUGCCCCAUUGGCUAGUCCUCCUGUAAGCCACGCCCCUUUGGUUUAGGCCCCUCCCCCUAGUAUAAUACUCGUUCCCUAUUGGCUAGUUCUUCUGCAAGCCACGCCCCUUUGGUUUAAGCCCCUCCCACUAGCCUAAUACUCGUUUCCCAUUGGCUAGUUCUCCUGCAAGCCACGCCCCUUUGGUUUAAGCUCAUCCUUCUAGCCUAAUACUCGUUUCCCAUUGGCUAGUUCUCCUUCAAGCCACGCCCCUUUGGUUUAAGCUCCUCCUACUAGCCUAAUACUCGCUUCCAAUUGGCUAGUGUUGCUCUAAACCACGCCCCUUUUGUUUAAGCACCACCCCCUAGUCUAAUACUCGUUCCCCAUCGGCUAGUUCUCCUGCAAGCCACGCCCUCAAUUGGUUCAUUCAGGGUAUGUAGGCGAAUAAGCUCCUCCCCUGUUCCCCCUUUCGCUUACGUCAUUGGUCAGUUUACAAGAUAGCUCCUCCCCCUUUUUUCUUUCUUGAACGUCAUUGGUCAGUUUUCAAGCUUGCCCCUCCCCUUAUAACAAGCUCCACCCCUUUUUUUUUAUCUUUCAAGUGCGCCAUUGGUCAGUUUACAAGCUAGCUCCGCCCCCUUACCAGUUGUAUAUCCGUGUCAUUAGCUUAACUUGUAGUGGUGAGGUGGGCGUGGCUUGCGUUGUGGGCGUGGCCUGUUCGCCUAACUAUCGUGAACGGCGUGGUGCUGGGCGUCGGGGUCACAGCAGCUGCCGCCAAAGAUAAAGACUAAGCCGUGGACGAGACCAGAGUUUGGACGCUUGUGGGGGCGAGACUAAUAUUCUUAAUUUUCUCUCUCGUUUCUGGCGAUGGCUGGGGUUGGCUUUUCUAGUGGGUCCUGGUGGUCGGCCCCGGUCCGUUGUGGCGCGGGCAAGUUUUUAUAAUGGCGCCAUCUUGCCAGGCGGUCUUCAGGGCGGCAUGUGAGUAGUCUGCGGACACUCGGCGGGGACGGAAAAAAUGACAGCUUGUUUGUAGCGGGCGGGACGCGAACCCGGACCCUGCAGGACACCACGCACGCAAGCAGACCACUCAUCCACCGCCUCUCCAAAUACUACUACUGCUACUACUACUACUACCACCACUACUACUACUACCACCACUACUACUACUACUACUACUACUACUACUACUACUACUACUACUCUUAAUACAGAUUGUCUUAUCCUAAAAAAAGCUAUUGUGUUCCUUACCUCAAUGCAUCGACACACAGAGGGCAGCACAAGACUCCUGGAUCCCUCUGCAUGGUGUUAAAUCUCCUCCUCUCUGAAAAGAAAUUCGAACACUUAACGACCACAGAACAAAAACGAUAUGCAAUAAUAAUUAGUAAAAAAAUGAUUCGUAGUCAAAUAAUAUUAUAAAAUCUAUCAAAAUCGACUCCCAGAAGCGUUCCAAAGCUCUGUGUGUGUGUCAACCACGUGUGUGCGUAUGUGUGUGUGUGUGUGUGUGUGUGUGUGUGUGUGUGUGUGUGUGUGUGUGUGUGUGUGUUAUUUUUUCAUUUUCUUUUUCUUUCGUUUCCUUUUUUGCUUAUAAUAAAAGGAAAUGUAAAUAAUAAUAAUAAUAAUAAUAAUAAUAAUAAUAAUAAUAAUAAUAAUAAUAAUAAUAAUAAUAAUAAUAAUAAUAAUAAUAAUAAUAAUAAUAAUAAUAAUAAUAAUAAUAAUAAUAAUGAUGUCGAUUAAAUAUAAACUUGAUUUCUCAUGUUAAUUAAAGUUUACGAAUAAGUUUUUUUUUAAGUUUAAGUAAGUUUUGUGUAUUUUUUGGUAAUACUGGUUUAUUUUUGUUUUUCUUUAUCACUUCCAAGUUUUUUGUGUUGUUUUGAUUAUUUUUAAGUUCAUUUUUUGCGUUUUUUUGGAUAAUUUUAAGUUUUUGUGAUUUUUUGAUGGAUUUUAAGUUUAUUUUUCGAAGUUUUUUGUAUUAUUUUCUUUUCAAGUUUAAGUGAAUUUCGUGUUUUUGUGUGUGUUUUUUCGUCAUUUUUAAGCUUAUCAUUAUUUUUUUUAGCAAUUAAGGAAAAAAAUGAGUGUUAAUUCUAAGUUCAAUUAGACGUAAGACAAAAAUUGAACUUGAGCUGAAGAGAAAAAAGAUCUGAUGUGAUUUCUCGAACGUUUUCUCUCUCUCUCUCUCUCUCUGAAACGUUUGUUGAGAGAGA